UAUUGCAUAUCUGUGGGAUCAUGAUUAACAAUGAUCAAGAGUGUGUGUCUGUAUGCAUGUCUAUUGUCACAUUUGUGUGUUUGUGUGAAGGUGUGUAUUUACAGAUGUGCACAUUCCUUCUUAUUGCUGUGGCCUGCAAAACUGACAAAAACAUUUCAUUUGCAAACGUAAUCAUUUAGGAAACAUUGUUCGUUAAAUCGGUUACAUUCUAAGUGCUGAUUCAUGUUUGUCACUGCACAAGUGGAUACUGUGAUUACUUAAAGUGAGAAACGAGAAGCCUCAGAAGUCUCGUAAACUGAAACCGUUUUCUCAUUUUUCAGUGUAUCAGGAUGUAGUUGUAAACCUCAGAAUAAAUCUCCAUCACCCACUGACUCAGCAGUUGCUGUCCUGAAUACAUUUCCAAGACAUAUUUAGUGAAUGUCACUGGUCUUGUAUUCAGAGCAACUUAGUGACUUUACUAAGCUUAGUAAUUUACGUAACCCCACAGUACACUUCAAAAUAAGUUUAAAAUAAAAUAAAAAGAAGAAGAAGAAGCAGAUGGUAAGACAGUGCUGGUCUAUCAGGGGUUUGGGGUUAGUCACACACACACACACACACACACACACACACACACACACACAAACAAAGACAAUUUCUAAGAGUUGACUCUGACCUCCUCUCAUACACACACCAUACCCACUUCUCCCUAAUCUAUUGAGGCAGCUUGAAACACAUUAUCUCAUUAAAUGACUUGAACAUGUUUUUGCCAAUAUUUGUGGCAUUUGGACUUCUCCUUAAUCUCCCUCAGAGCUUGGAAAAUCAAGAUCUGGUCUUAAGAGACAUCAUUAUUGAUGAUCAUGUGAUAGGAGUCUUAGGAGAGGAAGUACACCUGCAUUGUUUGUACUCUGGCAAACUUAACAUCAGUUAUUCCUCCUGGAAGCACCAGGAGUCAGGAACAAGAUCAAAGACGAUAGCAGGAUACAAAAAUGGCAAGCCAUUUGCCAGAGACAACUUCUACACUCCAGCAUCAACCACAAAUCUUACUGUGAAAGUGAGCAUAAACAGCUUCAUGGUAGAGGGACAAUACAGAUGCAUAUUCGGAACAGAUGAGGAAGUGGAAACGGUGGAAAGCCUGAAACUCACAAUCAUUGCUCGACCUGAGGUGAACACCCAUGUAAAGGAAGAAAUUCUGAAUGGAACUCAUUACCAAAGCAUCUUCUGUUCAGCUUCCCAUGCCAAGCCCAGUGCGAGUCUCCAUUGGGACAUCCAUGGGGCUCCACCCAGUGAGGAUAUUUUCUCCAUCAUCAAUACAAACUCAACACUGCCAAAUGGCACAGGCAGUAUUAUCAGCAUGCUACGUUUCCCCAUCCACUUGAAUAAUGAGAGUAGUGUUGCCUGUGUGAUUCAGCAUCCAGCUUUGACUGAACCUAUCACAACUGUUAUACAGUUACAGACAUUCGUUUCUCCAAAUGCAACAAUAGAAGUGGCCUUGAUUGAAAGAGAAGGAAAAGCCUUCUUUGAGGUCCUCUGCAGAGCAAAAGGAGGAAGGCCUCACCCAUCAAUCAUUUGGAUCCCACCUGAAUCUUCAGGCACAUCAUGCUCUCCUCAUUUAAUGAAAUUUGAAUCAGUUUCUAGUUUUCACUGCUUCCCAUUAGAUGCUUAUGAGGGUGAAAAUAUCACCUGCAUUUUUGGCUACCCACAUCUUUCUAACAUACAGAGAACUGUCACACUGCCUACAUUCCAUCUCACCUCUCUUCAGCUGACAAACAAUAGUAUUAAGGUGAACCAUUUGAACACUUCCGAUUUGUUGAUAUUAGAAGAGGAGGACAGCGACAUCAGAAUCAACAUGGAAGUAUUAGGAAAUGUCCCAAGAUAUCAAAUUAAUUGCACAAAGGAUGGUGAAUUGCUGUCAGAGGAUAUGAAUGUGGUUGUCAGUGGUCUCAUGAUAAAAGGUCCUAUUGGGGCAAAUCAUGCGGGCCAGUACCAGUGCCAAGCCUCCUACUACAGACAUAAAGCCUCUUUACAGUUUGAAAUAGAAGUGAAGCCUAGAGUCAGAGUACUAGCUCCCAUCCAUGUGACACUGUUCUCCAACACAUCUUGGGAGAAUCGGAUUGAGUAUACAGAGGUGAAAUGCAUGGCAGAUAAUGUGUCUCCUGAUGCCAAUAUUACUUGGGUUACCAGAGACUGCAGAAGUGGAAUCAGUGACUCUGAUCCUGGAAAAGUUGUGUCUGGAAGUCUGCAGGAAAAUGGUGUAGUUUGGAACACGGCACGGCUCCCAGUAUAUUCUUAUGCAGGAUGUACAGUAAUCUGUGUGGUGCACCACCGUGGGUUAGAGAAACUGGUACAAAAGAGCAUUCAAAUCCCUUCAAUUGCUUCCAUCCAUGUGACACUGUUCUCCAACACAUCUUGGGAGAAUGGGAUUGAGUAUACAGAGGUGAAAUGCAUGGCAGAUAAUGUGUCUCCUGAUGCCAAUAUUACUUGGGUUACCAGAGACUGCAGAAGUGGAAUCAGUGACUCUGAUCCUGGAAACGUUGUGCCUGGAAGUCACCAAGACCAUGGUGUAGUUUGGAAAACGGCACGGCUACCAGUAUAUUCUUAUGCAGGAUGUACAGUAAUUUGUGUGGUGCACCACCAUGGGUUAGAGAAACUGGUACAAAAGAGCAUUCAUAUCCCUUCAAUAGGACCACCCAAAAAUCAUGUGAGCUUUGAUUUGCGGAAAGGAUCCACACACUGGGCUGCUGUGUGCGAAUACAAAAGUGAUGGGGCCAUAACCAACAGCUCCUGUGUCAUUUCUGAUACCAAUGCCAUACCUUUGGCCAUGAAUACCACAAAAGAGGGCAGUAAGGUGCUAGUCACAUGCAUUUAUAAAUUUGAACUGUUCCAGCAUGAGGGAAAGUUCUUGACAUGCAUCAUCCAAAAUGACCGUGGGGACACUGAAAGGAGAACCAUACAUGUCCCAAAUUUUUUUAUCUCAUCAAUUGUGGUUUUGAACAAAACUGUUCCACUGCAUGGGAGCCAUGGGCAACAUACUGGUGUGCACAGAGUGGCAUUGGAGGAACAUGUUCCCAAUCAGAGGAUAAUUUUUAGAGUUAAUGGAAAUGCAUCAGCAUCUAAUAUCAAAUGUUUCAGAUCCAAUGGACUUUUUGCACACACUGUUGGUAUGGCCCUGGUUUUUGCUCAGCAAGUGUCAGAGAGUGAUGCUGGUUUGUACACAUGCAGUGCAUCCUGGUACCAUCACAAUGCCACAGUCACUGUUCUUGUGGAAGUAACCAGCCAGAAAAUGAACAGCAUGAUGCUUAUCCUGGUCUGUUUCUCCUCUGCUCUUGCAAUCACCUUCAUAUUGGUGGUCGCACUCUGUAUAUUCUGCAAAAGAAAUGAAGAAACUCACUCUUCAACCCCAGAUUGGACGAAGCGUGAGUCUCUGGCUGCCCUGAUGCAGGACCCACGCUCACCAGAACUCAAGAAGCCCAGAGGGCAAGGGCAGGAAUAUGCAGAGCUAGUGCACUACUCCAUAGUGAUUGAUGUGAAAAGCACGGUGUGAGGAGAGGUUUGAGAAUUCACCGGUCUAAAAUGUGAAUAGAUCUUAAAUAGUUGCAUGCUAUUUUUUAGUAAUGGUAUAUGCAUUGUAUAUGAAUGUAAAACUAAACUUUAAAAAUGAUUCAUCAUUACUGUUAUGUCUCUUAGAACUUAUAUGCAUUGUACUGUCAUCUUAUGUUUUACAAUGAUCAUGUUUUUCACCUGUGUGAUGUGAAUUAACAUAAAAGAUUAUAAUGCUUUCAUUACAGUAGCUCCUCCACCAUUAAUCACACAUACAUGCAAUUAAUCACACAUACAUGCACUGGUUCAAACAAAUCAGUCCUACUGUAAAUCGCAAGCUACUAAUCAAUUAUUAAGCUGACUUUAAUAUGCAUAUUUACUGUUCUUCUUAUUCUUUAUUCUUGCGCAGCACACUUUGUAUCUGGCUUCAAUAUAUAGCAAUUUAAAUUAGCUUCUAAGCAACCCAGAAAGCCCUCCAGAGUUUACCAGAGAAAUCUUGCCAGCAUUCUGUGUGACAUAUCUUGUGACAACUUGCUAAGUGGUGAUCAGUUGACAGCUCUGCCCCUAUUUUUGAGAGGCUGCUCACUUCAGAGCCAAAUGGGUUGAGCUGGAUAUCUAACUCCACCUCUCUUGACCUAGUCUAGCUCCACCUCUAUGGAUCUAGUGAAGUGCCACUCAUUUCACCACCUACUGGCUGUUAACGUUAAUGCCCUUUGUUAGAUCAAACUUUAACCUAAUGGGGAAAAAUGUUUAUUGUUGAUGUGUGAAGGUUAGGUCAAAGUAACCAUUAGACUUGCAUGGAAAAGGAGAUGUUGGCAUAGCUAAUAUUGCCUUACCUUUCUUUAACAUUUUUCAUGAUUUCAGCAUUGUUUCUAUGACUAAAGGCAUGACUAGACUAUCUGUGCACCUCGCCUUCUAUUUUUCCACCAUAUCAAGGCUAUUUGUGAAUUUAUCUCAAUCAUAUGUGAUUAAUUGAUAAAAUAAAGUAUGCUCCUAAUAUGAUCUUUGCUUUUAAAUGUGGGAACUUUGUUGCCCUUGCAGGUGUGAUAAAAAAAUUGUAAUAAAAUGAUCACCUAUC